AGAGAGAGAGAGAGAGAGAGAGAGAGAGAGAGAGAGAGAGAGAGAGAGAGACGCGAUUCACCAAACGAAGGGGGGAUAUUUGAGAGAAGCUGAGCUUAUUUGAAAAAGCUGGAAUCAACUUGGUAGAAAAAAAUUCAUUAAGCCGUUCGAGAUCCCUCGAAGACGACGAUUGACAAAGAAAGAGAGUCCAGCUGGAAAUAUUCAUUGAUCGUUGUUUAUUCGUGACGAAGGCGAGGGAGAGACCGUUGGAGAAUCAAACAGAAGCAGCGGUGUAGAAAGAAAACUUUCCGCGUACCUCCGUCUCGGCGACUCGGCCUCGGUUGCCGCUGCUGUUGCCCGCCGCCGUCGCUGUCGCCGUCCGCGCGGAUUGGUGCACGUUCCUCUCGUUCGGCGUGCGUCGGUGUCGUCAUCGGUUGGUUUACUUGUGCGCGUUCGUGCGCGCAGUUACGCGGCCGAAGGUAGCCGACGUGCGGCGGAGUCGCCCGAGGCGGCGCGGCGCGGCGCGGCGGCCGAAGACAUCACGAUUACGUAUCUCGCCGGUACUCCCCUUCCUCCCCCUUCAUUCUCGCCUGCGCGCCCGUUGUACGCGCACGUGUGCGCGUGCGUCGUGUGUGUGUGUGUGUGGGGUGUAGUGUGGUGUGGCGUGUCUGUGUGUGUGUCUCUCUGUCUCUGCUGUGCUGUGCGUGAGGCUGUGUGCGUCCUCGGCACGUGUGUUGGCGCGGGAGCGUGCGGCAGAAGAAAGGGGAACGAGCGCGAACGGAAGCAGCCAGGAUUACUCCAAACCAAGGAAAUAUGAGCAUUGCUGCCCUAUUACAAGCCGCCGAGUACAUUGAACGAAGGGAAAGAGAAGCUGAACAUGGCUAUGCUUCAACGAUGCCAAUACCCGAUGAUAUGCGGACGAUUACAAAGAGGCCAAAGACGAAGAAGUCCCAAGGCAGCAGAACGACUCAUAAUGAGUUGGAAAAAAAUAGGAGAGCCCAUCUUAGGACUUGUCUUGAGAAGCUGAAGCUGCUAGUGCCACUCGGGCCUGAAACCUCGAGACACACCACGUUGGGUCUUUUGACCAAAGCCAAGCGUUUUAUCAAGAACCUGGAGGACCGCGAACGUAAGCAUACCAUACACAAGGAGCAGCUGUCGCGCGAGCACAGGUUCCUGAGACGGCGGCUCGAGCAGCUGACGAAUCAGACCGGCCUCCAUGGCCUUCAUGCGCUUCAUGGCCUCCACGGGCUCAGCACGAGCGCGCCGACCGGCUCCGUCGCCGCCACCGCCGCUUCCGCAGCGAUGCUGUCUAAGCGGCGUAGUAUCUCUGAGUGCUCCCUGGGCACGGCAUCCACCAGCUCGACCGGAAGCUCCAGUAACUCGGACAGGUCUGCAGGUAGCCCAUCCAUCUCGGAGUCCGAUGAAGUGGACGUGAUUGGUUACACGAGCAAUCAAUCGGACACCGAUGAUCAUAGUAGCGUACAGAGUAGUAGCGACAGCGGUGUCGCGAUGUCCACCUCCAGACUGACUCUUUCCGAGAUGAUGGACAAUCUUUAGACAAAGAGGCGGUGCAAUGCGAUGGCGGCGAAAGAAGAAACGAUUGAAGAAGGAAAAGGGAAAAGGACAGAGGAUAGGAGAUAGAGCGAAAGGAAGAAGAUCCAUCGGCGUACGAAAAUUGACGGCGCGCGAAAUAUCGACUCAUACACACAUUACAUAUAUACACAUAAAAUGCACAUUUAAAUUCGUACUCAAUGCAACUUUGUCCUUCCAAAAUGGCCUGACUGGCAAAGCAACGUUAAAGAAGAAGAAGAGAAGAAGAAAAAGAAAAAGAAGAAGUCUUUUGGAUAUCACUCGACUUGCGAAGAUUUUCAAACAACGGAAUAGAUUUAAAAAAUCAGAUAUGAAAGAGAUGCAAGAUAUUUGGAUUACCAAGACUCAAAAAACAUCAAUCGUGACGCAAAAAGAAGAAAACAGAAGAAACGAAGUUAUCUUUGAUAUCAUCUAGCCUAUUACAAAGAAGAGAAAAAGUCUUCAAUACUUUCAUUGAACAUUGCGAAGAAGAGAUAAAUAACUUGAAGAAAAAAGGGACUAACGAAAAACUAAAGACUAAAGAAAAAAUGAUCCACUUUAAGUUUAUUAUAUGAAAACGAAGAACAGUUUGGGAAUGGAUUAAAACAAAAGGAUGUAUAAAAUAUAAAUAUUAUCAGCUAAGAAGAACAACAUAUGGAAAUAUUGAGAAAUCAAUAUGAAAAUAACCGCUUUCAAAAAGUUAUAAACGCAAACGAAAGAUUUUACAUUUUUCGAAAUUGCAGUAAAGUCUGGUAUAUUAUGCAUUCAAAUGAAAAUAAAUGGAAAUAAAAGAAAAACAACGAGAAACAAGGAAGAUGAAAGAAA